CCUCCUCUCUCGCCUGCAGCCGAUCGUCCCCUCCCCCCACCCGUCGGGCUCCUCCGCGGCUACUGCAGAGGAUUCAGAGCCGAGUAGCUGAGGAGGAGGAGGCUCCCGUCCCUGCGCGCCAUCCGCCACCUUACUGGACACGGGCGAGGGAGCGAGAGCGUCGCCGCUGUAGCCUCCGGAGAAGAUAAGGGCAUCGCCUCCUGUCGCCUCCGUAGCCGUUUUCGCCUGCAGUGGCUAGCCGGAUCCUCAGUCUUCCACAAUGAACCCUGUUUACAGCCCCGUGCAGCCUGGGGCUCCUUAUGGCAACCCUAAGAACAUGGCCUACACGGACACAAGAAGGUGGCCAUCUGCAAGCCAGGAAGACCUGUCACUAGAACCCAACCAUGCUGACAUCUUGAUCUGGACUUCCAGCCUCCAGAACUGUUACCCUACAGCCUACCCGGCAGCGGCCCCUGCCUACAAUCCCAGCCUGUACCCAACCAAUAGCCCCAGUUAUGCUCCAGAGUUUCAGUUCCUGCAUUCAGCUUAUGCCACUCUGCUGAUGAAACAGGCCUGGCCACAGAACUCGUCUUCCUGUGGCACUGAAGGCACCUUCCACCUCCCAGUGGACACCGGGACCGAGAACCGAACUUACCAAGCAUCCUCUGCGGCUUUCAGAUAUACUGCAGGGACUCCAUACAAGGUCCCACCGACCCAGAGUAAUACUGCUCCACCCCCCUACUCCCCAUCACCCAACCCCUAUCAGACGGCCAUGUAUCCAAUCAGAAGUGCCUACCCCCAGCAGAAUCUGUAUGCACAGGGAGCCUACUAUACACAGCCGGUGUACGCUGCCCAGCCCCAUGUCAUCCACCAUACCACGGUCGUCCAGCCCAACAGCAUUCCCUCUGCCAUCUACCCGGCGCCUGUUGCUGCCCCCAGGACCAAUGGCGUGGCCAUGGGCAUGGUGGCCGGCACCACCAUGGCAAUGUCAGCAGGUACUCUGCUGACUACACCCCAGCACACCGCGAUUGGGGCACACCCUGUGUCCAUGCCAACAUACAGGGCCCAAGGAACCCCUGCGUACAGCUAUGUGCCCCCGCACUGGUAAAACCUUCAGCCCAUCCAAAUCUGGAGUCACACAUUGUAUGCAACUACUCAAGUCUUACACCGGUGCUGGAGCAGCUCCCUAGCAGCACCACCUCUAUUUUCAAGAAGAGACAACAGAAGUGCAAGGGUCACUUUAUGCAUCUUUAAUGAUUUUGGUUUUUAUUUUUGGUUUUUGUAAAAGCUGCUUUUUCUAAUCUCCUGCCUUUCCCCCUAGCCCCCCUCUUAGCUGCUGCCCUUUCAGCUGUACCCACUUCUACCUGAUCAGGCCACAUCCCCUCAGCACUACUUUUUUCCCCCAAGCAUCUAGUCCCCAAGAUCCCAGUCUAGUGGCAAGCAGAGCGGGGUUUAUUGCAGUGGUUCAGCUGAAGGCUCAACUUCAUUUGAAGAAUAUAAACAGAUGUGGCCCUCAAGUCCUGGGUCAGAACUCAGAGCUGUUGAGCAGGCAGCAUCUCUGGGUAAUUGUUCUUUUUCUUUCUUUCUUUCUUUCUUUUUUUUUAAGCAAAAUUAGUUUUAGGACAUUUCUACACAAAUGAAAUGUCUUCUAAGAACCAUUGCAGCAGACCAAGAACAAAACCACCUGAUUAUGUAGGAAUGUUAUUAGCAGCUCCAUGAGAACCUGGGGAAACCAGAGUCUUUGGGAGAAUUGGGAGAAGGGUGGGGGGAGGGGGCAUUGGGGAAGGAGAGGGAAGAAAGGGGAGAGAGGUGCUUGCCUGAUGGCUUUGGUUUGAAAGGUCUCUGACCAUAUUUCUGGGCCUGGACCUUCUGAUUUGCACAGUGAUGAUAACUGACCUGGCACUUCCUCAAAAGGGGAUUUUGACCUCAGACCUGCCAAGCAGCUGCAGGGUAGUGGGAUCCCAGCAUCCUGAGGACUUGAAAGGCCAGGUUCCCUGCAUAAUCCAGACCUUGGCCUCUGAGCCCUCACAGACCCACUCUGAUGAGGAGCUUCCUCCUGAUUUGAGUGGGAACCUGUGGCAUUUCUCUCCCUUUCCCUUCUGCCCUUCCCAGUACCAGGGCUCACCUGUCUGUCUAUGGGGCUGGCAGACGGGCCAGGCUCCUGGUUACCUUGCGCCAUUCAUGGCCAAAGUGAAGGAACCACAUUCCAGGUGGGUGCUGGUGGCUCUGAAGGUCAGGUUAGUGAAGGAAAAGCAAUAGCAAUAAACAUUUCAUAGACUCAUGGAACUUAAGGGACCUUAGCAAUCAUCUCAUCCAUUUCCCUGUUUGACAGAUGAGGAAACUGAGGCCCAGAGAAGAAGAAAGGACUUCCCUAGACCUCGCAGUAAAUUAGCAUUAAAUGCAGCCUUCCUACCUAGUAGUAUGUUGCCUACAAAAUUUACCUAGGGAUGGAUUGGCUUGGUUUUGUAAAAAUUAAGUCAGCAGCGCUCACACCUGGUGAGCUCCAGAAUGCUCUCUGGGCUCUUGUUUCUGCUCCUUACCCUCACGGACUCCAGAGGUAUGGGUUGAAGACUGAUCUGAGGCUACAUGGGGCAGAUGGCAGGAACAGAAAUUGCAAAUGAAGAAAUAGCAUUUGGAAAUUCUGUGAAGACAUCUGGAACUUUCGUCCUGUGCCUGACUCCACCCCUAGGAAAAGGAGCAGGUGGGCUGGCUGAAAAGGAGAGGCCAUGCUUUUAGGACAGUAGCCCCUCAUCCUGAGAAGAGAGGAAGAGAGUGGGAGCCAUCAGGAGAGGAGGACGAGGAUAAGGCCCAGCAGACAUGGGCUCACCUGGGAGAAGAGGGACCCCUAGGACAAAGAGGCCCCUGCUAGUCUCAGCCAGGAGCCUGGAUUGCCCAGCACCAUCCUCUUGUACCCAGCAGCCCCUCUGGGGUGGGGCAGGAACAUUUUACUGUACAAAGUGGGAUCAUUGACAACAUUUGGGAUUUUUAAAAUAACUUCAUUUUAAAUUCUUGUAAACUUGGACAUAUCAUUGCCCCUAUCUUCCAUUUCUCCCCUCAAGGAGGAAAAAAAUCAGGAAACCCUUGGGUCAGAAAGACCUCAGAAACCGUCUAGCUGUUCCCAGGAGAUCAGAGCCCACAGUGUCCUUGGCCCAGUGCCAGGAGUUUGGGGGCCACCUUCCUGACCUUCCAGGGAACUUCAAGACUAGAAAGAGAAAACCCAGCUAUUCUGAGAGGUCUGUUCUGGGGUGCUUGAUGAGGUUUUAUUUUAAAACAACAGAAAGUUUUCCAGUGUUAAUCCAUUUUUUGCAAAUACUUCCUCCCACCCUCUUUGGUUUCAUAAAGGUGGGUGAAGGCUGUUCUAGAUUAUGUCGUAUGUGUUUGGAAAAUGCCAAAAUAAUAAUAAUGAUAAUAAUAGGAAACAUUUGUCAGGUGCUUCAUAGAUUUCAAAGCACUUCACAGCCUUUAAUUUACAGGUCCAGGGAGAGACAGGGUCAGUUAUUCCACCCAUUUGACAAAUGAGAAUACAGGUUGUAGAAGAAAGGGAAUGGGCCUGAAGUGAGCUGAAUGCUGGGGUCCUGACAGGCUUCCAUGACCCUGUCGCCUCGUGGGCUGGGUGGAACUACAGAGAGGAGGGGGGAAAGGAAGAGACCUAGGAAUGACCUUAUAACUUUUGUUCUUUCUACACCCAUAAGUAAAAACUAACAUCUGUACCUCACAUUGCACAGAGCAGUUUAAUAUAUAGCAUGUGGUUAACCCUGAGAAAUGGUGAUUAUGCCUCCUAUUUGAUCCAUAAGGAAACCAAGGCUCAGAAAUAAGCAGCAGAACCACUUGAAUCCCAGGCUGUGUGCUCUUUCUCUUCCAGCCUGACCCCCACAGGCCCAUGUACUGAAGUGUCUAUGCUCAGCACCUUAUCUUGUACCCCCGGUGUACAAUUCAGGAUCAGAGAGAAGCUCUGAGGUAAAGAUAAGGCAUUGAAAAGCUAUGGUCUGGAGGGCCCAGCCCAGAACCCCUUUGUCAGUAUAAGCAGUGGAGCCACAGCUGAGCUGGCCUUGCCCUCUUUGUUUUGACAGAAAUCCAUAAGCCUGGCCAAGCUUAGGGAGUCACUACAAAGGGAUCUAGCCCUGGAGAACAGGGCAGUGUCUGCCUCUGAUUGGAUGAGCCCAGCUCUGGCAAAGGUCACAGGCUUCUGGCAGGAGAUACUGUAAAUAUCAACCAAAGAUUCUGGAUGGCCCCAUGGUCAAACUGGACAGAAGGUCAAAGCUGGAAGGGUCUUCUUGUCACAGGAAGGCAGGCAAACCAGACAACACAAGGGACAUGCACAUGUGACUUAGCCAUGACAUGCAAGCCCUCUCAAUCCCAUGCUACUGCCUCUCCCCAGCUAAGCAUUUUGGUGGCCAGGAGAGGAGGACGAGGAGUGAAAUUGGUUCCAAUCACCAGACAACACUGUGGUUUCCCCUAUUGCCCCCUGACCGGCCUGGGGCCCAGGAAGCUCAUCUAGGAGCUGGGUUCCCCAAAUGAUGAAAGCCUGAAACUUCAUUUUUUUGCCAUGCUUAAAAAAAACCAAAACGUGUUUCUGUGAGAUAGACAGUUGCUGUCCCUUCAGGCAAUGAACCUAAAGUACAUACCCUCUUCCCUGAAUAUUCAACAGGGAUGCACACACCUGUCCAAAGCUUUUUAGGUAUAUAAAGUACUUUGAUGUUGAUUGCCAAAACUUCCAUUUUAUACAUGAAAAAACUAAUGUUUUUCGAGAGUUAAGAGAGGUUAAGAGACUUGCCAAAUGACACACUACACAGGGCUCAUGAGCGAAAGAGCCAAGGUUCAAGCUGUUCAAAUCCUCUGCUCUUUCUGCUGCCACCUACUGGGUCUUUCAGUGACAGGCUAGAAGAAGGCAGGGGCUCCCUGUCUGCCCCAAGCAGAGGAAACUUUAUGGAGGCCUGGGAAGCUCAGUGCUCUCACAGGAGCAGAUUUUUAUGAAUUUCUGCUUUGAACCAAAAUCUGUGAUAGGCCCUGGGAACCCAGAGGUGUAUCCAGCUGGUAGCACAGAAAGGAUGAGAAUUUGGAUCACACGGCUAACUUGAAAAAAGCACUUUGCAGUCACAGUGCCCAGGACUGAAGACAUGUUCAAGGAUAGCUCCAGGCACCUUUUUCUAUUGAAAGACCCAUGUCUCUCGGAAACCUGCAGCACCCUGGCUUUGUGACCCCUGAAAGCCUGCCCACUAUCCAGAUCCAGCAAGUUGGCACUUCUAGGGGGCCUGCCAUAGCCCUGAAUAGCCAAAAACAGAUCUUGUCUGGAGUCCUGGGCUUGCUUUUUCAUGGGUGAGACCAGGAGCAAGCACCAAAUGAGUAGGCUCUGUACAUCCUAGUCCUUUCCCUUGCCACCCAAAUUUUUCCAAAUUUUGAGGUAACCUCCUUCCAGAAAUCUGAAGGUGUUUUGGAGGGCUUGGUUUGUCUAAAUGGACUUCAAAAAUGAACCACGUGAGACAGGAUGAGCCCCUUGGUCACCAAUUUCUUGUAUACUGUAUAUAGACUGGACGUGUCCUUGCUGACUGAGCAAGACCAGCAUAUCAAAUUCUUUGAGUCUGCUCUUUUGCCAGAGGGCACAGGCUUCACUGUGGGUGUCAUCACCACCACCUCUGGUCUUCGUCACCAUACAGUGACUCUAAAGUGGAGUGGAGUGAGGUACAUGCAAGCUCUGCUUUUCUGCCCCAUAUCAACAUGUCACCACUGGUUGUGCAGCCCCUAGCUUCUUGUCAUCUUGGGAUUCCAGAAUGGGUAAAGCAGGCCUGGUGCUGGUGUGCAAGCCCCACCCACCGCUGAAAGCCAGGGUCUGUGGGGAAACCCAGCUACUCUAACUGGGCAGAUUCCACAUCCGAGCCUCUAAGCGCUUGUGCUUCUGUUGGGUGUGCCAGGCUAGCUUCAGGAUGUGUCCUGUACCCAUCCAUGUCCCCACUCCUAGAAAACGCUUCUGAAAUUCAACAUUACAUGAUUCCAGGACCCAGCCUUCAAAAUUCCUGGCAGGCUAGCUUCAACAUUCCAUGGCCUGCCUUGCCUGGGCCACACUUGGGUCUCAGUCCUUCAGUUUCUCCCGUGGGUAUUUCCUAUCUUGCGUGUUGUUGAGUCCAGCCCGGCAGCCAGCCAAGGAGCACAGGAGAUGAGACUGGCCGCCACAGGGCCAGGGAGGGACACAACAGCCCCCGCUUCACUGUGGCUGCACCGAUAAUCCCUAGGUGUCCUUGCUGUGGCAGUCCCUUUACCCAUUCCAGCCCCCAGAGGGGGAAUUUUUCUUCCUGAACAGAACAGAGGUAACAGCUUGGCAGAUAAGUACCAGCUCAUGGAAAUCAAAUAGGUGAAAUCAGCUUUGGGCUGACCCCAGCAAGAUGAGCAUCCUCCAGGUUCCGACCGCUCAUGCCUGAGAGUCACGGAAAGAGUGAGACUGGCCCAGAGGUCUCCUCGGGUCAGCCAGGUUGCCCAAAUCUGUGUGGUGGCUCAAGCUCCUCUUAGCCAAGGGGAGGCAAGGCUAUGCCUAGCACCUUGGAGUUGUCUGUGAUGAUCUUAAAAGGCCCGGACCAGUGUCAGUCCCCUUCCUGACUUCAAGGCAUCUGGAUCCCUUUCAUAUCAUGACAGAGAAGCCUGUUCUCAUGGCAUGUAAUCCCUGUGAAGAGAGCGUUGUAUAUGAUUUUGUAUUUUUUAAUUCAUUUUAAUCUACAGGUUGGAAUCUAAUUUUUAAAUUUUAUUGGAACUCACAUUUUAAAAACAAAUAAAAACAUUUAAAAUAAUCAUAAUAAUAAAAAACUUUUGACCAGUG